AUGGAUAUUUACUUUUCUCGCUCUGUGGACGCCGUCCUGACUGCCGCGGCUGUCCCGGACUACGUACUGGAGUAUGGUGAGUUUGCCUACUAUGGAAUUUACUUCCGGAGGGGAAAGGCAACUGACAAGUUAGCCCCCUUGGUAUGGCUGCAUAGCGAGGACCGAUACAGGCCUUCCGGCAUUGCUGAGCAUCUGAACCAUGUCGUGCCGCAAUUGGACUACGAAACGAUUGAGGGCGUCCCGGCACCACUUACCUUGGAUAACCUGAGCCAGCUCAAUGCGCUGGGUAACGAGAGCGUGUAUCUGACUUCGCAAGAAGGCAUCAAUGCCGAUCCGCAGCCUGAAUGGUUUUAUGGUGCAGAUAUCGAUGCGAACGGCCAAGCCAGCGAUGUUUCGUCGAUCAUCGUCGUGAAUGACCGCGGAGAUGGCGAGGUCGAUGCGUUUUAUUUUUAUUUUUAUUCAUAUAACCAGGGCAACACUGUUCUGGGCAUGGAGUUCGGUGACCAUGUUGGCGAUUGGGAGCAUAACAUGAUCCGAUUCCAGGACGGGGCGCCGCAGGUCAUUUGGUACAGCCAGCACUCUGGCGGACAGGCGUUCACAUAUGAAGCGACAGAGAAGCAGGGAGUGCGACCGAUAGCGUACUCCGGAAAUGGCACUCAUGCUGUAUACUCCAUUCCUGGUGGCCACGACCACACGAUCCCUGGCCUUAACCUCCCGGCCGGGUUUCUUGUUGAUCAAACGGACCGGGGCGUCCUGUGGGACCCUGCCGCGGGCGCCUAUGCGUAUAGCUAUGUGCCAGCCACACAGACAUUCGAGCCCUAUGACCCCAGCUACCCAGUCAACUGGUUGGGCUUCAACGGCAGAUGGGGAGAUGAUGCGCUCCAAGGAGGACCCGAACUAUUCGGUCAGGCCAAAUACGCUGGAGGGCCCAAUGGCCCGAAGUUCAAGAAUAUUCAACGAGAGGACGUGUGCCCAAGCAGCCCAUGUAUUGUCCUCCCGUUCCUGAUUUGGAGCGUCGAGUCAGCAGAGCCUGCCUCUGCGACGCAGACAGUUUCUGCGUGA